GAGCUUUAGAGAGUGAGGGAGGAAUGUUUUAAGCCUGAGCCACUGGAUGAUGAGAAAGAAUAAAAAUGAUGCUAAAAGAAGGAGAAAGAGGGGAAGAAGAGAGAAAUAAGGAUACACAGAAAGAGCGUCUACUUCAGCAUCGGUGUCAUCCUCACAGUCUGCAUCACUAUCAUUAACGUGGCUCAUCAACACGUCACUCAUCAUCAUUAUGAUGAACAUCAAUGGUACAGAGUCCUGGCUUUUUAUCAACACUUCUUCUCCUAUCCUGCCUGUAAUAUCCAGUCCUGCUAACACAAGUGGUGUGGAAAAAUAUCUUCAAAGACUGGCACAUUUAGAUGAGGGACUCUACAAUGACUUCUAUGGUCUCUGGAUUGCACUCAUGGUCAUAAACUCCAUUAUAUUCCUGGUGGGCACGGUGCUCAACAUAUUUGCACUUUAUGUUUUCUGUUUCCGCACCAAGCAAAAGACCACCUCAGUGAUCUACACCAUCAACUUGGCAGUGACUGACCUCUUGGUGAAUCUCUCUCUGCCAACUCGCAUCCUUCUCUACUACAGUGGAGGAGCGUGUCUCACCUGUUCAUAUCUGCACAUCUUCAGCUAUUUUGUCAACAUGUACUGCAGUAUCUUAUUUCUAACCUGCAUAUGUGUCGACCGAUACCUUGCCAUUGUGCAGAAAUCUGCGCAUUCUGUUCUGCCUCUGCAGGCUGAAACCUCUCGUCGUUGGAGGAACUCCAGUGUGGCCAAAUGUGUUUGCAUUUCUGUAUGGCUGUUUGCCAUUGUGGUUACCUACUCCUUUCUCUCCACCGCUUUCCAGCACACAGGCUGCUGCCUCUCAAAGCUCCUCAUUCUUACCAUCACUGAGUUCUUUUUACCCCUUGUCAUCAUUGUGGUCUUUACUUUGCGCAUUAUGUGGGCUCUAACAGACCGUCGUCUGAUGCAGCAGAGCAGGGACAGGAGAAGGAGGGCUGUCCAGCUGCUGACAACUGUGCUGAUCAUCUUCACAGUCUGUUUCACACCAUUUCACAUCAGACAGGUGGUGGUAUACUUCUACCCUGACAUGCCUCACCAUGUGAUAGUGUACCACUUAACUGUUACCCUCAGCAGUUUGAAUAGCUGUAUGGAUCCUGUUGUCUACUGUUUUGUUACAAAUAAUUUCCAGGCCACUAUGAGACAUCUUUUCCGCCAUGCAGAGCCUGAGCAGACCAGUGGUGACAUUGUCAGUAUGCAGCACAGCUCUAAAGCCUCAGGAGGCACGGUCAAUGCCAUGACAAAUAAUAUGAUAUUAAUGACCAAGAUUCCCAACUCACUGCAGAGCUUAAACAUGGGAAAGAACCACACACUGUAAAGUCUUUUACAAAAAGGUGCAUAAAACUAAAAGUGACAGGGAAGGCCCUGUGAUAGUUAUGAAUUCUGUAACUUAUUGACCAGAAGAUCCCAACACAGACACUCAGUGCUGCCAUCAGUUUUUAAUAUUGAGCACCAACCAAGCCUUUCGCAAACUACUACAAUAACAUGCAGAUGUUGUCUGCAGUCCAGGUUUCUCAUCACACCAAGAAACAUUCCCGUUGCUCUGGACUGACUUUCCAUAUGUCAUGUCUCUGGGCACUUAUCAGUUUAGCCAGCUGACUUAUGGAUAUUGUUAUUUCUAGAAAACAUACAAGAAAAUGUCUUAUUAAAGUGUGUUCAAUAUUCCAGUGUUGUAUGUUU